AUGCCCAAUGUCACUGCAAUAACUGGAUUCAUCCUUAUGGGGUUCUCUGAUAUCCACGAGAUACAGACUUUAUGUGGAGUGUUCUUUCUAGUGAUGUACCUGGCAACCCUAAUGAGUAACUUCCUCAUCAUCACGCUCAUCACCCUGAAUCUGAAGCUCCAGUCACCCAUGUACUUCUUCCUGAAGAAUUUAUCCCUUUUUGAUGUCUUUCUAGUGUCAGUUCCAAUCCCAAAUUUCUUUGUCAAUAGCUUAACUCACAACAAUUCCAUUUCCAUACUAGGAUGUGCAGUUCAGGUAUUUUCCAUGGCUACUUUUGGAUCAGGAAAAGUAUUUGUUCUUACGGCUAUGUCCUAUGACCGCUACGUUGCCAUUUGCAAUCCCCUACACUAUGAAGUUACUAUGAGUAGUGUAACCUGUAUGCUGAUGUUGGGUGUUUCCUGGGGCACUGGGUUAUUCUUUGGAACCAUGUACACAAUUGGCAUAUUUUCCAUGCCUUUCUGUGGCUCUAAUGUAAUCCCACAGAUUUUCUGUAAUGUUCCCUUCCUUCUAAGGAUUUCCUGCUCUGAAUCACACAUAGUAAUUUAUAUAAGUCUUGGAAUUGGUGUGUUUCUAGGCAUGUCUUGCUUCCUCUGUGUCAUGGUCUCUUACUUUUACAUUUUCUCUACUGUGCUGAAGAUUCCUACCACUAAAGGUCGGUCCAAAGCAUUUGCCACAUGUAUCCCCCACCUCACUGUCUUCAGUAUUUUCAUUGCUAUUGCUUAUUUUGUUUAUCUGAAGCCACCCUCAAAUACAGCAUCAAUAAUAGAUAGAUUGUUUUCUGUGUUGUACACUGUGCUACUUCCAGCACUCAAUCCUGUGAUCUAUAGCUUAAGGAACACUAAUGUUGAUAGCGCUCUAAAGAGCAUAUUCAUUGAUGUGAUGAUCUGCCAUAACUGCAGUCUUGGUAAUCUGUAA